GCGGGCAAAAACACCUGCGUUUCAGUAAACCACGGCAUUGCAUUGUAGCUUGUCUUGUCUAUGCUGUUCCUGGAGUCCUAUGGAGGGUUGGUGGUGUCCUUGCUGGUUCUGCUGACUGUCGAAGUGGCCAGCCGUUCUGGCCAGGUGCAACUCGCUGCUGUGGCAGCAGCUAUUCCCACUGGACUGCCACUGGCUCUUUGCAUUGUGGUUUCAAAAUCCCCACGCCAAGAGGAGUUGGUGGAGUUCAGUGAUGCGGUGCUUCGCGGAACAGCGAGCAGUCCUGGCUGCACGUGGCGAAAGUCCAAGGCUCCAGGAGGAGUUUGUGCGACGAGCACGCACCUUGGCCUUCGCCGUGGCCAUGGCCUUGGCCGCAAGGCGAGCUUGGGGAGUGCUUGGUAUGCUUCUGAGUGGCUACACUACCUGGAUGAUUACCUGGAAGCUUCUGGCUUGGGCAGCUGCGAGCGCCGAGAGCCGCAAGGUCGAUUGAUUCAUUUGGAGCAAGGGCAGAUCACCAAGAGCGCGUCUUGGGCUGUCCUCAACAGGUGCUGAGAUUUCGCUGAAGAUCUUCGAGUCUCCUCCAUAGACUUGCUGUUGGGCAGUGGUGGUUUGUUGGCAAGGAGCAAUUGCAGCAUGUACAAAAACCAGCAUCAGUUGGUUUGAUCAUCC